AUGUCGGGACAAGCAUCGACUUCUACAAACAUCCCUUCCAUGACUGUACAACCCAGAAGAGGAAAAGUCAAACUCCCAGACAAUUACAUAGGUGACCGCAUUGAAUCCCAGAAAUUCAUGCUCCAAUGCCUCCUUCUUUUUGCAGCAGAGUCUGACCAGUACAAGACCGAUCAGGACAAAAUAUUCCUUGUGCUCUCAUGCAUGAGAUACAGCAUGGCAGGAGCUUGGGCAGAGAACUUUCUCCUCAAAACAGUGGGAGCGGAUCCUCCCACUGACCUAGGCACCUGGGUGAACUUUUGA